UUUCAUUUUUGGGUGAACUAUAACUUUAAACCAAAAGAAACUUUUACUUUGUAUCAAUUUGACUACAUGUGUUUUUCUAUUUUCUACUUUCAAUUAGAGCAGGAAUAAUCCUGAAGAGUAACAUUUUAUACUCAGUUUAAAUGUAUUUGCAUAGCGAUAUUCACAAUAAAUGUCAUUCCAGAGCAGCUUUAAAGAGAAUAUUGCUUUACAGCCCCCAGUGAGCAAACUAAAGGCGAGAGUGGUGGGAUGAAACAAUGACUGUAUAGAAUAAAAUAAUGACUAUUAAUAUAAUCAUUUUCUGACCUGUCUUUCGAAAGCAGAAUGAAACAGUAAUCAUAUCAGAUUCUGCAAAUGCUAACUUUUACACAUUUUUAUAUAGCACAUCGUUUACAAUGUUAUUCCUUGUGGCACCCUGGGGGUCCCCAGAUCCUAGUUUGAAAACUCUAUCCUAUAGAUGCAUUUUUGCACAUCAGUGGAGUAUCAUCUGUGCUUGAUAUUUUUAUGAAGCUCAUUUUCUGGCAUUAGUAAUUUAGCAGAGAAUAACCCCGCGUGUAUUUAGUGGUAAUUUUAACACAUGGGUCAUGGUCAGCGCGAGAGGAAACUCUUUCUAAUAACCCUCAGACCUGCGCAAAUGGAUUAAGUGGGUGUUCCUGAGUGGGUGUGGGAAUGCUGGUAUAAAAGCACGAGCCCGAAAAACAUCGUUUACAUCGCAUCCAUCGGUCUUCAAUAUUUCUGCGCUGAAUUUGAAGCACACUAAGCAAAAGCAGCAAAGAUGGGCUGGUUGAUGAGCAGCAUCCUUCUCUUCUGUUUGAGCAUAGUGAGGAUUUCUUCGCUUAACUUUUUCCCUGAGAAAUUCAUCGUUGCUGAGCAACACAAAGAUGUUACCCUAAUCUGUGAAACAAAUAAAGACAGUGUCAUAUGGAAAUGGCAGGAUGAACACAGCACAUACGACGUACAUGAAACAGAGUUUCUAGUACCCACAGGUCGGAAUUUGUUAGUGCGUGACCUGCAGGAUGACCAAAUUGGGAAUUACACAUGCUGGAGUGAUGAGGGACUCGAGGACUACACUUAUCUCCUUCUAGACAAGUCUAAAGAUGCAACAGAUUUUAACAUCAAUUGCACAGCCGAAACCUUUUCCUGCAUGAAACACAUCACAUGUGCCUGGACGUCAGAUGAAUUCACUGCUUUCAGACUACGCAAUACACGGGAUAAUGGUGACUGGGUGUUAGAGACUGUGGAUGGGGUAUUUCAUCUCCAACAUUCCACCAAUUCAUACACUGAAGAGUCAGAGCGCCUGCUGAUAACAGGGGAAGCCGUUUCCUCAUGCUGCUAUCUGAAAACUGAAUACAGCUUCUACCUUCGAGACAUUGUUAAACCAGCCAGUCCAAACAUUUCAACAUGCAGAAGAGAAAAUAGGGAAAUCAUAGAGGUGGAGGUGAAGCCUCCUUCGUCCUGGCCGCACCCUCACAGUUUCUUUCCUCUGAAGCAUCAGAUUGAGUAUGAGAUACGAGACAACGGGAAGCUGGAGACUCGUGAAUGGGAGGGGUCAAAAGUUCAAGUUGAAGGGGUCAUCAGUAAGCUGAGGGUCCGCUGCAGAGAUCUGCUGCUCCUCUCUCAGUGGAGCGAAUGGACACCGUGGGAAAACGUAAAAUACUGAUUUAAAUCUAUUUGUCAGCUACACCUCCUUUUCUCCUCAAUCCCUUUAUUAUGUUUCCUGUCCCAUUUUCCAAUUUUUAAAUCACCUUAACGUUAUUAUGAUCUUAUUUAUUGUCUAUUUAUUGUUAAUUAUUUAUUGAUGUAUGAUCAUGUCUUUGGUCACAUUUUCCCGUUAUAUCUGUUACACACUGUGGUUUUGUAUGCUACUAUGUUUUAACCUAUUAAAAAAAA